GUGGUUUCACUUUCUGUUGACCGUCAGCUGAGGAGGCUUCGUUUUGGAGGGAGGGGGGCAGUCAGUCAGAAUGGUGAGGUCGGUUCAUUAGGAGGAUUUGUUGAAGCAAAAGUUUCUUUGGAAUUUUUGGCCUGUCGUGCGUGGAGUGACCCGCAGCUACGCGAUCAUCAAGUCCACGCCAUUCUACCUUUGGUUCAGGUGUAGUUAUGGCGUCUAGAGCUACACGCAAAGGCGACCUGAAGAAGGCGGAGGAGCUCGCCUCCUCCCUGAGCGAAGCCCUCAGCUGCGGGGACUCCGAGGAAGCGGUGCGGCUGAGCCGGAAGCUGGCCCAGCUGUCUGUCCCGGUGUCGGUCAGCAUCAGCAGCCAGGCUUAUCCACAGGACCGCAUCAGGUUGAGGGUUGGAGUGGAGGAUGCUCAGUCAGAGAGCUCCAUCCCGGUGACCCUGGAGGUCUCCUCUGCCAUGACGAUAGCUCAGCUGAAGGACAAGAUCAACCGGGAUUUUGGCUUCCACCCUUUACUCCAGCGUUGGGUGAUUGGCAAGCGGCUAGCCCAAGACCGGGACACGCUGUACAGCCACGGCAUCCGCAGCAACGGGGAUCAAGCUUUUCUCUUCAUCCGCUCUGCCAGUUCGGCUCGUCUGACUCGCCAUCAGUACAACCUGGACCAGGAGCAACAGCUGCUAGAGAGCAUUGUUGAAUCAAUCCCAUCCAUGGAGCUUUGUUCCAGAGGAUUUGGUGGAAAUGCCACAGAGAAAAAAGUUCUUCCCCCCUCUGUUCCUCCUAAAACCUACAAAACUGCUAAACCAGCCAAUCCUCCAAAACCUCAGCUGGGCUGGUCUUGUAAGACGUGCACUUACGUGAACAAGCCGACCCGCCCCGGCUGUGAGAUGUGUGGUGACGAGAGGCCAGACGAUUACCUGGUGCCUGACCUCUACCAGCCAGACCAAGAAGAAGUUGAGCGACUUCAACUAGAAGACCUGGCACUUCUGCAGUACCAAGAGGCUCAACAAGAAGAACGGCAGCAAAACUAUUUGAACUUGUUGGCCACAGAUGAGCAGAACCUUAUCGUCAACGCUACGGUGGCAGAUUGUCCCAUUUGCUUCAACGCUCUGCAACCAGGAGAGGGCGUCGUGCUCAGAGAGUGUCUGCACACUUUCUGCAGGGAGUGUUUAAUAGGCACAAUAAGAAACAGCAACAAUGCUGAAGUGUCGUGUCCAGACGACUGUGAAAGCAAACUACUGGACAGAGAGAUCAAAGAGCUGCUCACCGAAGAGGAGCACCAGCGCUUUUUGGAGUUGCGUCUAAGUAUUGCAGAGAGUCGAUCGGAGCACAGCUUUCACUGCCAGACCCCUAACUGCAGAGGAUGGUGCAUCUACGAAGAUGAAGUCAACGAGUUUCACUGCGACCUCUGCUUGGAAGUCAACUGCCUUCUCUGCCGGGCCAUCCACAAAGACAUGAACUGUAAGGACUACCAAGAUGACCUGCGCAUCCGAGCACAGAACGACAAAGCAGCUCAGCAAACUAAGCAGAUGCUGGAGAGCAUGCUUCAGAAUGGAGAGGCCAUGAAUUGUCCACGGUGUGCCAUCAUUGUGCAGAAAAAGGAUGGUUGUGAUUGGAUCUGCUGUUUGAUGUGCAAGACGGAAAUCUGUUGGGUCACCAAACAAGCUCGAUGGGGACCAAACGGACCCGGCGACACCUCCGGUGGCUGUAGAUGUCGAGUCAACAAUCAGCCGUGCCAUCCAAAUUGCCAAAAUUGCCACUGAGGUGAGCGUGUGGUGAAUCUGUGAGCUUCAUGAAGAGGAAAGAUGACACCAAAAGUGCUUUUUUUUCCAUAAAUAUAAACACGCAAGAACACGAGAAAAUGCAAUACAGAGGAAUUUUACUACAACAUGAGUACUUUUAGGACCUGUAGACCUGCUGCUCCUUUCAGUUUCAGUGAGCUAGACGUCAGGGAGCUGAGCUAUACUCUGAUCAGGGAAAUGAAAUCUUAAACACAUUCCUGACAGAAGCAGUUUUCUUAAGAAAACAGCCAAAAAAAAGCAGUUUUUCAAAGUGAGCUAAACUUAUCUUGAAGAUUUAAAGAAUGUAUUCUUGCCAGGCUUUAUUAAGAUCUAUAUUUUUGGUAUUCCCGUCUGCAGAUCAGACUGUAGUGAAGAAUACUUCCACGUUUACACUGGCCUCAUGCACUUAUCGAACAAAGUAACCUCCUUUGAUUGCACUAAAUACUUUUGAAGUACCAGGUGGUGAAGAUCUUACUAACUAGACAAAUCACAAAGUAUUUCUAGAUUUAAUGUUUUAAUUGUAUUUUCAUUCCACUAAAAAUGUGUUGGAAUCAACUUCUAUUCUAUCUAUAGUUUGAAAACACUCCAAACAUUUGAAUCAUUGUUUGGAAUUACUAUAAAAGGAUUUUUUAAGGGAGGAAAAUAGCAAUUUUAAGUAUUUUUGCACCAUGUGAGUAGACUUUUGUACUUCCAACAACACACUCUGAUGAAAAUGGGAAUUUUAACAUGUUCUUGUAGCUUAUUUUUGGUCAUGAUUGAGAACAAAUAUAAAGAAAAUGAAGAUAAAGUCAGGAGGCUAAUUUUCUUUUUAAUGAACUCCUGCCGCUCUGCAGAAAUUAUGUCCAAGAAAAGAACUCAGGGGUUUUGAUUUUGCCGUCUUCACUGUUAAAUGUCUGAGUUAAAAUGUUCUACAUGUAUUGAACAUGUGUGUUUUAUGGAAUUAAAGCUGUGUGGUAACAACCAUUUAAAUUAAGUA